AAGCGGACAAGGAUGCGACCGUCCUCCACAAUGAAUUACUCCGAUUUAAUUGAUUAGAAUGCGGGGUACCGCGGUUCCUGGCAUGUUAGACCAUCAUACAUGUACUUAUAUUUGCUUGAUGUGCCGCUCCAACGACGUCCUCUUCACCUCCAGCAUGCCCAUUGACGACGGUCUGACACUGCCUACACAAUGUCGUCCCUCGCAUCCCCCCGGAACCUAGCCCUGCUGCUGCUGCCCGUCCUCAUCGGCGUCCUCUACGGACCCGCCCUGCAACGCUGCGUGUCCGUCCUGGGCGUCUUCCGGGCCCCCAACUCCACGGUCGUGGAGAACCCGGCGCAUCUCAUCUACAUCCCCGAUACGACGCACUGCGAGGACCUGCAUUACUACGCGCCCGCCAACGUCCUCUUCAGCGCGUGUGCCGACGCGGCAGAAACCCGCCAUGGCUGGUUUCCUCCCCUCACCAUCUUUGACGACCCCGUCGCCGCCUCGGAAGCCACUGGGUCGAUCCGCGUCAUUGGCGCUGCCACGCACAAGGCCCAGCGCUUGACCUUGGAGGACUUCAAGGGCCCCCUGAUUCCACACGGCAUCGACGUGGUGGAGGAUCCAGACGCGGACAAGGUGCCUGCCGUCUACAUCUUUGUCGUCAACCACGUCCCCAACCCGGCCUACGUCGAGUGGAAGCGCAGUUCUGCCCAUGGACAGACACCCGAACCGACCAACAAGUCCGCCCCGCGCAUCGACAUCUUCCACCACCUCCUGGGCGCCUCCUCCGCCCGCCAUGUCCGGAGCGUCCAGCACCCCCUGAUCGCGACGCCCAACGACAUCCUCGCGGUCUCGCCCCGCGAGUUUUACGUCACAAACGACCACCACUACCGCGAGGGCGCCAUGCGUAUCGCCGAGGACGUCUUUGCCGGCGCCACCUGGUCCACGACCAUCCGCGUCCUGCUCGAGGGCGCCCACGACGACGACGACGUCCGCGCCAAUGUCGCCCUCACGGGCCUGCACAACAACAACGGCCUCGGCCACGGAAACACAUCGGACCAGGUGCUCAUUGGCAGCGCGGUCAGUGGCACCAUGCACCUCGCCACGUUUGCGCCGCGCGAGGGGGCGCUCGAGGUCCGGGAGUCGAUCCACCUGGACUCGACCAUUGACAACCCGACGUACUUUCGCGACCCCUAUGCCACCCCGGCGCUCGACCGGUCAGGCUAUGUCAAUGCCGGCACGAGCAACGGCUACAAGGUCGUCGAGUCGGCAAAGGAUCCCGCUGGCCUGGACGGCUCCAUGGUCUGGGUCACGCGGCCCCAGGGGACGGGGUGGGACAAUAAACUCCUGUUCCAGGAUGAUGGCAGCCGAAUCAGGGCCGCCAGCGUGGCCGUCCUGGUGGCCAUUGAGCCAGCCUUGGAAGCUGGCCAACGCAAGGCCUGGCUCUAUGUCUCGGGGUUCGUCUCCAAGAACAUCCUCGCCGUCAAGAUCGACCUCGUGUAGGUGAUGAUGAUCCUUUCGCAAGCACAGGCGGCCAACACAACCCCAUUACAAUGAAGUAAAUAUAAAAAUUAAAAUAAAAUAAAAAUAAAAUAAAAAAAAAUAAAAAAAAAUAAAAAGCGUCGCUUUGGUAUCUCAUACUAGCCCGCGCCCCCCGUCUAUA